AUGAAAGGCUCAAAUCCUUCGAAUCGUGAAGAUGACCAUAGUGACCGGCAUAGCAAACUAUUUGUAAGUGCCGAAUCAUCUGACGUGAUCACAGAACAGAGCUAGUUCUGCCACUCUUUCUCAUCGAUCUAAUUGUGCGAUUCUUGCGAUGCUAGUCGUUUUCUCUCUGUAAAUCGGUUUGCUUCCCUUAGGGUGUGAAGCUCGUAUAUACAUUCUGGACUUGUGGGUGUUUUUAUUGUGGAAGAGUUUGAAAAGUUCGAUAAUUUCUAAGAAUUUUUGAGCGGAAAAGCGAGAAAAGAUUAGAAGGUUUUUUCUGAAUCAGCAAUGGAUCGAUUUGAUGAAAUCUAUAGGGAGCGAAUCUCAGCUCUUUGGCAAGCAAUGCGUGCAACAAAAUGCAUAAGAGAGGAUAAUGUUCCAUUCAAAAUUGAAGAGGGUCUCUACUUGGGUUCCCUUGGUGCUGCAAAUAACAAGAGUGCAUUGAAAAGCUUGAAUAUCACGCACAUUUUAACCGUGGCCAAUUCAUUGGCACCUGCUCAUCCCAAUGAUUUCACAUACAAAAUUGUUAAUGUCCUAGACAGAGAAGACAUAAACAUAUCGCAUUACUUCGAUGAAUGUUUCGAAUUCAUUGAUGAAGCUAAAAGAAAGGGUGGUGGUGUAUUGGUUCAUUGCUUUGUGGGAAGAUCCAGAAGUGUGACUAUUAUUGUUGCUUAUCUGAUGAAAAAGCAUGGUAUGAGCUUAUCCGAAGCCUUGGAACACGUGAAGAGUAAAAGACCAGUGGCAUCUCCUAACUCUGGUUUUCUGUUACAGCUACAGAACUUUGAGAAAUCUCUUCGAGGAGUGAAGGCAGAAAGAUCACAUGAAGUUUAGGAUUGAACCAUGCUAAGUGGAUGACCAACACCAAAAGUCAUGGUGAACAAUGCAAGGAAAAAUUGAAUCAAGACCUCCUUUCUUGGUUUUUUUUUUUUUUUUUUCAUUUUCAAUGAUUAAUAAAGUCUAGUAUAAUUGUAUAUAUGAACUCUAUGUAGUCUCCAAAUGCUUGAUGUUAUUACCACUUUCUGAAAGUUUGCAUCCUUAGAAAGUUGUCUUCCGUCAAUGUCAUGAUCGGGUUACUUACUGGGGAAAAAAUAUGGUAUUGAGAAGUUAUUUUUCGAUAUUAUAUUUGUACUUUUUGUUCAAUA